AUGUCCCAGGACGCAGUCCUCACCCAGAUCCUCGUGCAGCUCGAGGCCCUCCAGGUCUCCCAGCAGACAACACAGGCCAAGCUCGAUGCGCUCACGAAUACUGCCAGCCCGCUCUCGUCUCCUAGGAGCAACGGCGUGCCCCUUGCCGACAGUCAUGCUGACCCUUCGCUGUCUGGUGUAGUCUCUACUGCGCUAUCUACCUCUUUGACCGGAGCGCCGGCUCCCCCUUUACCCAGCGCGAACGGACAUGCCUCGGAGAAAGACAAAGGAAUAAGCGACAAGGAUAGGGAGAGGGUGCUCUACCCCGGCAGGGUCCUGCUCACCACCUACCCUGACCAGUCCGGAAUCAAGCCAUACCCGCUCGUUUGGGGCGCAGCUGACCCCUCUGUGCGUGGGCCGGUAAUCUGCUCGCGCCUGCCUUCGAGCAUCAAGCAGCGCAACGCGAUCGGUGCGCACUCGGGCUCGUACUCGAUCUACCGUGCGCUCGCGAUCGCGAUGGGCACGCUUGAUCCCUCGCACAAGCCCGAUUACUCCAAGACGGAACCAGCAGUGCCCAUCCCGCCGCAGCCCGCGUGGUCCGACCCGACCAAGAUCGUCUCGUUCGACCCGUGGGGGCACGUCGUGCCGCAUGUGUUCCGGCAUGAGAUUGAAGACCUCGGCUUGGACGUGCGCCCGAGCAUCGCCGUGACUAAGGGCCAUCUGAAACUGAGUGAAAUCGACGAGGUGGCGCGCAAAGGCGGCCUGAAGGUGGAUGGAAAGAUCCUGCUAAAGAGCAGUCCGCUGCUCAAUCCCGACGGUACGGAGAGCACUGCUGACCCUGGUGUGGAGAUUGCCAUCAACAAGGCGGCAGUGGAGCCUGUCUGGUAUCUGCCUGGUGUGGCAGCGCGGUUCGGCAUCUCCGAGAGUCUGCUGCGUCGGGCGCUUUUUGAGGACACUGGAGGAAUGUACCCUGAGCUCAUUACUCGCCCGGACAUCAAAGUUUUCCUCCCUCCCAUUGGUAACCUGACAGCGUAUAUUUUCGGAAACCCUGCCUAUCUCUCCGAUGAGACGAAGGAGCUGACUGUGCGUGUGCACGAUGAAUGUAAUGGCUCCGACGUCUUCGGCUCCGACAUCUGUACCUGCAAGCCCUACUUGACGUAUGCAAUUGAGGAGUGCGUCCGUGGCGCUCAGCGCGGCGGCGUAGGCCUUGUCGUGUACUUCCGCAAGGAGGGCCGUGCUCUUGGUGAAGUCACCAAAUAUUUGGUGUACAACCUGCGCAAGCGUGGCGGCGAUUCCGCCGACAAAUACUUCAAAGCGACGGAGCUCGUUGCUGGCGUGAAGGACAUGCGCUUCCAGGCGCUGAUGCCCGACGUUCUGCAUUGGCUCGGGAUCAAGAAGAUCGACAAUAUGGUCUCGAUGAGCGACAUGAAAUACAACGCUAUCGUGCAGUCCGGUAUCCCAAUCCUCAAGCGGUAUGAUAUUCCAGAGUAUCUCCUUCCGCCCGACGCACGCGUCGAGAUCGACGCCAAGAUCGCGUCCGGGUACUUCACGAGCGGAAAGCCGAUCACGGAGGCGGACCUCGUUAAGACCAUUGGGAGGACUUGGGAGGAGACGGAACAUUGA